AUGGUUUGCAGAAUGAGCACAUUUGUGACCCUUGCAGAGGUGCUGGAGUCACGGGGAUCACCUCUGGAGGAGGAUGAGGUUUGGGCUCUCCUCCUGGGUGCAGCAGAAGUCUUGAUAAACAUCUCCUGUAAAGAUCCUGGCAACAUGUGCCUGGUCAUCAGCCCUGGUUCCAUGCUCCUUUCCACAAGCGGCAGCAUUGCCUUUAAGACCUGCAGUCGUUCUGAGGAUGUGGGCUCAUUUACUUCCCCAGAAAUGUCACAGAGAAACUCUUCCACCAGGAGGCAGGCCACAGAGAAGAUGGUGGUUUACUCACUGGGCAUGACACUGUAUUGGACAGUGGAUUAUCAACUUCCUCAAAAUCAACCUGUCCAGCUCAGUGACAAUCUGAACAGCCUUCUACUGAGCAUGUGUGAGGACGUGGCUCUCAAACGAGUGAACUUACUUACAGUGCUGGAGACAUGUGAGCAACAUCAUAAGAAUGUUCUCCUUUCCCGACCAGAGAGAGUCAUCAGGCAGAUGUCAGAAGAUGUACUACAGGUGGAAAAACCCCAAAAUGAUGCAACUCGUCUCACAGACCAAAGCCAGAUGGUUAGAGAAAGACUUAGAGGUGCUUCAUGUCAGAACUCUGUUUGGCUUCUAAAAGGGAACAGCACACCAUCACAAGCAGAUUUUAGCAGUUGUCACAGUUCACAGCAGAGAAGAUGUAACAGCACUUGGCUGACCCAAAGUCCUUGUCUCGACAGGCAUCGCCUGUUUAACUCGAGGACAAAUCAGUUAUUUGGCUCCUCAGUUAGCCUUAAUGGAAGGAAAAUAAAGGGAAAUGGCCCAGAGUUCAUCAGAAUGUUGGAGGAGCCUCUCGUCAUUUUAGAGCUGCCUAAUUCUAUUGUGUCAAACAAAGGGAGGUCAAGUUCAAACCAAAGGGACUUGACAGUUAUAAUGCCAAAUGGACAGAACAUUCUCAUCAAGUGUGAUGUCAAGUCGAGAGGGGGGGAUGUCUUUGAUAUGAUCAUCGCUCAUUCAAACCUUGUGGAACAUUUUUACUUUGGCCUUGCAUACAGUGAUGAUGAUGAAUUUUUCUUUCUUGACAAUGAAAAAAAAAUUUCAAAAGUUGCCCCCUACAGCUGGAAAAAAGUGCCCACUUCCACAUUUGUGCUUCAUUUCCGCAUCAAGUUUUUUGUGAACGACAUCUCUCUUCUUCUCAACAAGCUGACCCGUCAUCAGUACUAUCUCCAGUUGAGGCGGGACAUUUUGGAAGACAGGUUACCCUGUAAUGAGGAGACCUGCUUGUUUCUUGGUGCCUUGGCUCUCCAAGCCGAGUUUGGGGACAGUAUGCCUGAGGUUUAUGGGAAGAACUACUAUCAGCCAGAGCACUACGUUUCCAAGAGUGUUUUGCAGAAAAUGGCAAUGCCUUGCCUGAAAGAAGAGUUGCUGCGGUUACAUGCCAACAAUGCAAACAUGGUUGCUGAUGAAUCAGAGCUAGCGUUUCUCAAGACUAUUCAACAGCUUCCAGAGUAUGGAGUGCUGUUUCACCAUGUGACCCGUGAGAAGAAGCCUGUCUUUGAAGAGCUUGUCCUGGGAGUGUGUGCCAAAGGCAUCGUUGUGUAUGAAGUUAUAAAUAACUCCCGCACCACACGCCUUAGAUUCCAGUGGAGAGAGACUACCAGUAUCACCUCAACUCGAUGUAAAUUUGUCAUUGAGAGCAGCACCAAUAAAAAGAAGCACACCUUUCUGACUGAAAAGUCAAAAGUUGCCAAAUACCUCUGCAACCUCUGCUCUGCACAGCACAAGUUUCACAAAGAGAUGAGCUCUCGCCAACUCAGCCACAGCCUUGCUUCAGAGGAGAGUAUCGUGCAGUAUGCAGGCAUGUGCAGGGCCCAGAACAAUCUGACGAGAAGGUUGUCUGAGGUAGCACUUAACGAUGGACGCCUCAACGCCACUCCUGAUGACUCUAUGAGCAAGCUCUGUGAGGACAUUGCUAUCCGGAUCGAGACAAAGAUCAAACAACAGAGAGACUUAUUAGACCACACAGGAAGCCAAAGUCCAUUUCAGCAGAGAAGAUCUUUUAGCUCUCAAAAGAGAAGCUCUGAAGUCCCUUCUGUGUCUUCCGCCCAAAGAGAUACUCCAAUAAUUUUGCGACCACCAGAGAGGGAAAUAAUCUGUGUUUCCCUCAAAAAGGAUACAAAAGUUGGCCUUGGUAUUGUAAUUGUUGGAGAAGACAACACUGGGAGACUGGACCUUGGAAUCUUCAUUGCAUCCGUUGUUCCUGGAGGCCCAGCUGACCAAGAUGGACGCAUCAAACCAGGUGGUCGACUGAUCUCUCUCAACCAGAUCAGCCUGGAGGGAGUGUCCUUCAGUGAAGCUGCUGACAUCAUGCAGAACAGCUCUAAUGAGGUGGAACUUAUUGUCUCACAGCAAAAAGGUCUCAAUAAGUUUGGUGGCAGUGGUAGUCUGGCAGAGAGGGGCUACGAUUCGCAGAGUACUAUAUUGGUUGACAAUCGAACAGGGGAUGAUGAUUUGGAUGAGCUGGUCAAUGUUAUGAUGACCCCUAAAGCCAUGAGCAGGCUUCAUGUUCCUGAGGUCCGCAUUGUAAAUGCACAGGAUGAUUAUUCCCGGUCAUCAUCUUUGAUCAGCCUGAGACCUGAAGAGUUUAUAGUGAUGCUUUGGAAAUCUGGGGGCAGCCUUGGCAUCAGCAUUGCUGGAGGGGUGAAUACAGGUCUUCGCUAUGGAGGUAUUUACAUCAAGAGCCUGGUACCUGGUGGAGCAGCGGAACAAGAUGGGCGGAUCCAGCCAGGAGACAGACUGUUGGAAGUGGAUGGCAUCAGACUGCAGGGAUUUACAGAUCAGCAGGCUGCUGAAUGCUUGGCAAGAACAGGGGAGGUGGUGAGUCUGAUACUGGAGAGGGAUGGAGGCUCAGUGCUGCCUCGAGGCCCAGCAAGCCCUCGGUUACGGAACAUGCUCACCGUCCACACACCAGCUCCUGUAGGGACACAGACGAGGAACAGCUGUCCUGCCAUCACCAUGACAAGACCCUUCAUGGUCAAGCCCAGAGACUAUAGCUUUGUGUCUGAUGAUAACAUCCUGGAAGUGACUCUGAAGAAGAGACUGAACGGUCUGGGCUUCAGUUUUUUCAUCACAGAGCUGGACACUUCCCUCGACCGUGGCAGUAUUGUACGAAUAAGGACACUGUUCCCUGGUCAGCCUGCAGAGGAGAGUGGCAAGAUUCAGGAAGGAGAUGUCAUACUGUCUAUUAAUGGAGAGCCACUGAAGGGGUUGUCCUGUCAGCGAGUGAUACAGUUAUUGAGGAAUUCUCCUUCAGAGGUUCAGCUUGUGCUUUGCCGCCCUGCUGAAGGAACACUGCCACCUAUAUCUGAGAAAAUAGGCCAACUGACCUGCAGCUGAACCAUCAAAGAUGUUAUAUGGGCAUUUAAUGAAGGUCUUCUCCAGGGAAAAAAGCCCAUAGAGGAAUCCUGCAUUAUGGGCAAUGAUGGAUCCUUCAGGUCCUUUAAAAUACAAAAAGGCACAGGAAUGAAUGCAGAAGUGGACUACCAGUUUGAAGCACUUGCAAAAUCUUACAAAGAUUGAUGGUGCCUGGUCGUUUACUUGACUGGACAAACAGGUCCGGUGGGGUUGUGGAGCCCCCUCCGCCACUGCUCCUUGAUGACGGCCCAGCUGACGCCGUACACGAGAUCCUGGACUCUUGACGUCGAAGAGGUUGUCUCGAGUACCUUGUCGACUGGGAGGGGUAUGGCCCAGAACAAAGAUCAUGGGUGGAUCGGGACGACAUCCUGGACCUGGCCCUACUAACAAGAUUCCACGCGGACCAUCCCCAGUGUCCUGCUCUGUGUGGCUGGGGUCGGCCUCGACCCUGGGAGUUUCGGGCCUCUGGAGCGGUCCGUGGAGGAGGGGGUAAUGUCACAUCCACACCGGACUCCCUCUCAUACUCCAUACUCUGCUCACUCUCCCCUGAGUAUUAAUUAUCCACACCUGAUCCCAAUUCAUCCCUCAUCAACUCACCACUAUAAGUAUUCACCCUGCCACUUCAUCCUUGUCAAGUCUCCGCAAGGAAAUGUUAGACUCUCUUGCUCUCCUGUCUCCAGCGAGAAGCUAAACUCUCUCUCCAACGAUUUCCCUAUUCCAAGAUUCCUUCAUCACCCUGCUAUACUCCAUUCUCAUUAAGUUAAGUUCAUCUUACUGCAUUGCUGCUUAAUUACAUUCUGUUUAUUCAAUAAAGCUCCCGCAUCUGUGUUAACCCGUCAUCUAUGUCAGUGUGCUACGUUACAAAUAGACUUGAAUAAAAUAAAUAAAAUGUUGUUAACAAACAUGUUGUAUUUUUUUUUUUACCAACGGUUCGUUGAGAAAAGCGGAAUUGUUGCAAAAAAAGCUAAAUUCCUACAGAUGCACUGCAAGUUGUCCACAAGAUGGCAUCACAGCUGCAUAAACAUUUCUCUGUUCUCAAUUUUUAGCGGACACUUGACAUUUUGUCUCUGGUGAAAUGGGUUAUUGUUUUUGUUUGUGAUAUUACUACAUCCUAAAUGCUAAUGUAUCACCAUUAUGGUAAGUACAUAUUAUGCCACCUAGGAAGAAACCAACUUAACAGCUCUUUAAUGUCUGUUUGUUCACAGGUACACUGACGCUGACCUAGUAUUGCACCAAACAAUGUUUAUGGCAACUUACCAUAACCUACCCAGCUACCUUAACUACUAUAUUAUUUAUUAACUGUGACUUAAACAUUAUUAUUUGUCUGGUGCCUUGCAGUCAAAAUAAGAUAUCACAGCUCAUAAAGCCACCAGAUAUGCCUGUUUUAAGAACUGAAAUAUGUAUAAUGA